UUCGAUCGGCGUACGCUGCUUAGUGUGGGGAAUAGAUCAUUCGACGGCGUCACGGCACUGUUGACGGCAAACAUGAUGUAUACAAAAUCGGAGUAUCGUCGUCGAAGCGGACUCGAUUUCAUGGCAGUAACGGUUAUAGCCGCGACGCUUUGUUGCUGUUUGCCAGUCGAGGUCAACGCGCAAGUUUUAAUGCCGGGCCAGCAACCGGGAAAGUGGACCGAAAUGUGGGUAUCGGGCGAUCAAUUGCGAAUCAUCGGUCAAACGAAUCAGGAAUUCCUGCAAAACGCCAUUCACAAAGCUGCUCUGCAAAAUCUCGGGAAAAUGACCUUGGCAGAACCUGACAAGGACAUCCCCAUAAUUCCGUUAAACCCCUCAGACGUCAGUAUCCGAUGUGUAAACGACACAAUUCAGUAUGUCGAAGAUAUCGUAAGUGGAUCAAGUUACGCGAUUAAAAUGUUUGACUCGAACGGCAAACUUCCGCCAGGUGUCUUGGAAGGGAAUAUUCUGUGGAUCGGGGCGCCAGAGGAGUGUCGCAAGGUGAAAGACGUACAGACAGCUGAGUCAACAUUUAAUGGCAAAUACUGCUUGGCUUCAUUUCCUGUUUCAAAAUUGGGGGCUAUAAGCAUCGGUUUGUGCUUUCCAGAUACCUGUAGCACGAAGGACGUACUCAUGAUAUUGAAAACAGGUACGAAAUUGGUCCCCAUUCCGAAACUACAGCCAUCCGGUUUAUUUUGUACGGAGGAGCACUCCUUAUCUACGGGUUCUAUAGUAAUGUUAGUCGUUAUCGGGGUGCUACUGACCUUUAUGAUUAUUGGAACAGUAUACGACUUCGUCGUUACGCAAAUCAAUAAGAAUCGAGCUCCAAGCAAAUUUGAUGUACCGGUAAACGUCCAGUCAGGGUUCGGUGGUGAUCCGGAAGAGGUGGAAUCUCUGUUAAAUUCGACCUCAGACAACAAUGUCAAGAAAUUUGCAUACCAGCCAGGUAUUCCUGGCCAGUGUAUUCUUGCGUUUUCUGUAUUGGAGAAUGGGCGGAAGAUAUUAGACACCACGCAUGCGUCAGGUACUUUGGCCGCGGUCCACGGUAUACGCGUGCUUAGUAUGUGGUGGGUUAUAUUAGGUCAUAGUUAUAGCACUCCAGUCAAUAUGGCGGACAAUAGUGCCGUGAUAGGGGACAUUAUGAAGAGGUUUACUUUUCAAGCUAUCAGUAAUGCCACAUUCUCCGUGGAUACAUUUUUCUUCUUAAGUGGUCUACUUGUGACGUAUCUCACUUUACGUGAGCUAAAAGAAGGUCGUAAAAUCAACUGGUUUCUCUUUUACUUUCAUAGAUUUUGGAGACUGACUCCUCUCUACAUGUUCGUAGUUUUCUUCAACACUUAUCUAUUUGUAUAUCUGGGUGAUGGCCCCAUGGCCGAAGGUUAUCGCACUAGUUUACAAAAUCCUUGUGAGCAGUAUUGGUGGACUAAUUUGCUGUAUAUAAACAACAUUGUACCAUGGCCUGCUGCUCUUGCUGACCAGUGUUACGGAGUCGCUUGGUACCUGGCUAAUGAUAUGCAAUUCCACGUCAUCAGUCCAUUUAUCAUAGUUUUACUCUAUAGAUGGCCAAAAAUUGGUAUUGCAAGUAUAGCAUUGUUAAUGACCAUGUGCAUUGGUACCAGAGCAGGUUUAGCUGUCCAUCACAAUCUUACAUCAUCCAUGGCGUUGACGGUUAGCGAUCCUGAGAGGUAUUUUAUAAGCUCGCCAUACUACUAUACCAAACCGUGGACCCGUAUUUGUACAUAUCUAAUCGGCAUGAUAGUAGGUUAUGCAUUGGUUAAAACGUCCUGCAGAGUAAAGAUUCCCAGGAUUGUAAAUGUGGUAUGCUGGGCAGCAGCGUGGAUUAUCGCCUUAGCUGUUCUCUAUGGCUUAUACAGUACAUUCCACGGCACUGUGUUAUCCAGACCUGUUGAUGUAUUCUAUAUGACAGUGUGCCGAAUAGCCUGGGGAGUUGCCAUCGGUUGGUUGACUUUCGCCUGUCUCACGGGAUAUGGAGGUCCGAUAAACGCCAUACUGUCGUGGAAAGCGUGGAUACCGAUAAGCAGGUUGACGUACACUGCAUAUCUCAUACACAUCAUGGUGAUAUUGGUUUACAUGAUGUAUAGAGAUAGGCUGAUACACUUAACAGACUUUAAUGAGAUCUACAUGUAUAUUGCGGGUUUGGUGCUGUCUUACUGUGCAUCAUUUGUUGUAUCUCUGAUGGCAGAAGCUCCCAUGAUGAGGCUGGAAAAGAUACUCCUACGAAAAUGUAAACGAGAGUAGUUUCAACGACGACGACGACGACGACGCCGGAGAUGAAGUUGUAUUCCUAUUAGGUUACACGUCUUAGCAAUUAAGAUUCCCGAUUUUCAAAUGUUUGUCAUAUAUUAAUUGUGCUAUAUGUAUUUGUUAUUUAUGUGGCAGUCUUUCUAUCCGUCGUUUUAAAUACUUGUACUUAAACAGAAAAUUUUGAAAUGAAUUUUAUAAGUUGUAGCAGAAGCAGGUGUUUUAUUACAAUCAUGAUUUUUUUUAAAUAUAUAUUCGGAUAAAACCUUGAUUACACCUCAAAUUAAACUUAUACAAUUUAUAAGUAUUUGUUAAAUAUAUUAUUUUUUAUAAUUGUAUAUACCUAUUCAUGAUUAUUUAGUAUUGUAUCAUACAUGUGUUUGUCAUUGUGCCUACAUAUGUCAAUAUCAUUCACGGCCAAUCAUAAUGUUUGUCGAAUUGUGUUUAUGUGUAAUUGUAAUUGGUGUAAUUAGACAUUAAUUUAAACUAUAAUGCGCAAUAAAGUGAUAUACAGCUGCAUU